GGACGUGCACGGUUUAGCGGAUGAUGGAAAUUGCAGUGCAAGUGUAAGCUAGUUGAAGAGGCAAUUGUGAGUUGAGCUAGAAAGAGAACCUAUUGGUGUGGUCGGUGUAGAUGAGGAGGUGCAGAGGUGGCCACCCAACUGGCCUAUGAUUGCAUAUGUGUGAAUGAGAGAGAGAACGUCAGCGUAGUUUGCAAGUGCAGAAUAAUUGCGAGCACAUUACUUUGGGAGUGAGUGAAUUGCAUCUUGGUGUUGUUGAUGUAGACAGUGGUUAUAUGGUUUCGGUGUUGCUGUCUGUGUCGGUGUUGAUGGCGAUGCUUAAUGUCGGUUGAAGCUGGUGAGCGACGCAAGCGACUUCGUAAAUGUCAAGUGUAAUGCCACAAACGCAAAUGCCUGCGCCUAUAAAGCACUAGCAAAAGCAACAACAAAGACAAUAAUACAAAUUUGUAGCACAAACAAUUGUGAGUGUGAGUGGCGAGCGAGCGAGCGCGCGGAAAUCGGAAACGGAAAAGCCGUAGCAUUAGAGAAAAUAUAUACAAGUAAAAGAGAACGUGUGCCAAAAACGCAACGGGCGACUUUCGAAAAGCAUCCGCCAUCGUGUAAGCAGCUGCACAUUAAUGUGUUGAGUGUGUACAAAUAUUGAAUGCAACAAAAAAAAAGGAACAACGACAAAGCGAAUUGAAUUGAAGUGCCAGUAGUAAUAAUAAAUUUGACUCAACUUUAAAGGAAUCAAACGAUUUAAUCAGUGCGCGGCUGACAAGCGAUGUGGAAAGUUCAAGCCAACGAAAAUCGGUAGAUAUUUUUGGGAUGUGUUUGGAAAUUAAAUACAUAGAACCGAGUUACAUGCAUGUGUUUGUGUAUUUUGCACUCGGGGAAAUAAUUUAAUAAAACGGAACUUAUUCAAUGCAAAACAAGAAAAUUAAGAAAUAUUAAUGGAAAAAGUUUGUGCCAAAAUCCGUUAACUUAAAGUAUCAAAACUUGUCAAAUAUUCAAUAUUAAUAAGAAUAAUUAAAUCAAAAUAAAAAAAAAUAAAAAACACGUAUUUCAGUGCAUUUAAAAUCAGUUUUUACGCGAAGGUUAUACCAAACAAUUUUUCUUCCUAAAAAUAAAUGAAACUGAUGAAGAAUAAAAACAAAAAUCUAAACGAAAACUGCAAAAUUAGUAAAUAAUACCAAAUUAAAAUAGAAUAAAAGUACUAAAUUUUAAAUAAAAGAUCACGCGUCAGUAAAACCCUUAAAAAACCACACAAAAAUUGUAAAAAUAUAUUUUAAUGUGAAAAUAAGUUUUUAUUUAGUUAACGAAGCUAAGUAAGUGAAAAAAAAUAAUAGCAAAGAUCAAAAAACAUUCGAUGUAAAAAAAUGUAUUCCAAAAAAUUAUUUAUGCAUUAUUAAUUAAUGCACACAGAAAUGCUCUAAUACCAUUAAAAACCAAAGUAAAAAAGGAGAAAAAUAAAAAGAAUUAAGCGUAGUGUAAAAAAGCGGCAAGCUGACUCUCUUCAAAUCUGGAGCAGUUGUUUGAACAGGAAAAUAUAUCUGAUACUAAACAGGAAAGCGGCAAUAAGAAUACAUAAAAACAAAUACGAGAAUAACAAAGAUUAAGACGGCACGCAGUCAAAACAUGGCAGUCAAAACAAAAGUCAUGCAUAUUAGUUGCUACAUUCUUGUGCUUGUGUUGCUAUCAAAUCUCGAUGCCACAUCGGCCGAAGCCUUCGACACACAUCUGCGCGGUCCCGGCUUUGUGAUGGAGCCACCCGGACGUGUUGAAUUCUCCAAUUCGUCUGGCGGUUGGCUUGAUUGUUCGGCAUCGGGUAGCCCGCAGCCAACCAUCGAUUGGGUACAUGCGGAUGGCACAGCAGUCUCAGAGAUCCACGGGGUGCGACGUGUACUGCGCAAUGGCACGUUGGUGCUCUUGCCAUUUCCGGCGGCGGCUUAUCACCAGGACGUACACAAUACGAUUUAUCGCUGCAUCGCUAGUAACAGUGUGGGGCGCAUUGUGUCGCGCGAUGUGCAAGUGCGUGCCGUUGUUGCGCAAGCAUACAAAGUGGAUGUCGAGGUGCUCUCUGCCGCCCGAGGAUGUACUGCCAUAUUGCGCUGCGUCGUCCCGACGUUCGUAAAGGAAUUGGUGAGAGUGGUCUCAUGGGUUCAUGAACCUGCUAUCUACAUCUAUCCAUCGCUGCAAGGAGAUGGUAAAUUCCAUUUACUGCCCACCGGUGAAUUACUUAUUCACAAUCUACAGGAGAGCGAUGAAUCACAAUCGUUUCGUUGCCGUAGUAUGCACCGUUUAACGCGCCGAGUGGUUGUCAGCUCGCCUACUCGUCUCAGGAUUAACUCUCAUCGUGGCAUCAUUUCCCCAAGCGUCGUCGAGCACACCUCUCAUGUACAAGUUUCACAAGAUGAAGGCGCUGUUCUGUUGUGCGUAGCUCAAGGUUGCCCAUCACCGGAGUACAGCUGGUAUACACACAACGGUCCUGGUCCAUUACCCGUGCUCAGUGGUCCACGCGUGCGUCUACUUGGUCCGAUAUUGGCCAUCGAAGCGGUAACGAGUGAAGAUUCUGGUGUAUACAAAUGUACGGCUAGCAAUGUGGGCGGAGAAGCGAGCGCUGAAUUACGUCUCACAGUGGCCGCGCCCAUACAAGUAGAGAUCUCACCAAAUACGCUGAGCGUACACAUGGGCGGCAAUGCGGAAUUUCGUUGCAUUGUUACGAGCAAUGGAAGUCCGGUGGGCAUGCAGAAUAUUCUCUGGUACAAAGAUGGACGACAAUUGCCAUCAUCGGGUCGCAUAGAGGAUACAUUGAUGGUGACACGAGUGAGUCGUGAAAAUCGUGGCAUGUAUCAAUGUGUGGUGCGGCGACCUGAGGGCGACACCUUUCAGGCGACAGCGGAAUUGCAGUUGGGAGAUGCACCACCAGUGCUGCUGUACAGCUUCAUCGAACAAACACUGCAACCGGGACCGGCAGUGAGCUUGAAAUGCUCAGCAGCCGGAAAUCCAACACCGCAAAUUUCAUGGACAUUGGACGGAUUUCCACUUCCAUCAAACGGAAGAUUUAUGAUUGGGCAAUACAUCACAGUCCAUGGCGAUGUAAUUAGUCACGUCAACAUUAGCCACGUCAUGGUUGAGGAUGGUGGCGAAUAUUCGUGCAUUGCGGAGAAUCGUGCGGGAAAGGUGCAACAUGCGGCGCGCUUAAAUAUUUAUGGUCUUCCCUACAUACGCCUAAUACCGAAAGUCACGGCCGUGUCGGGCGAAACACUAGUCUUAAAAUGUCCCGUCGCUGGCUAUCCAAUCGAGGAAAUACACUGGGAGCGUAGCGGUCGCGAACUGCCUGAUGAUAUCCGACAACGCGUUCAACCGGAUGGCUCCUUGACCAUUAAUCCAGUACAGAAGAACACAGACUCGGGCGUGUACACUUGUUGGGCGCGCAACAAGCAGGGGCAUAGCGCGCGUCGUAGUGGCGAAGUCACUGUUAUAGUGCCUCCUAAAUUGAGUCCUUUUCAGACAUCCAUACUACAGCUAAACAUGGGUGAUCGCGCAUCACUUACCUGUUCCGUGGUUAAGGGCGACUUGCCUCUAACCAUCACCUGGCGCAAGGACAACAGACCCAUCGACCCGACGCAACACAUGUCCGUGAAGCAGGUGGAUCAGUACAACAGCAUAUUGGUAAUUGAAAAUCUUGGCUCCGAUCACACAGGCAACUAUUCGUGUGUGGUGCGAAAUUCCGCAGCGGAGGUGGAGAACUCGCAGGCGUUGCUUGUUAACGUGCCACCACGUUGGAUUGUCGAGCCGACCGAUGCAAAUGUGGAACGCAACCGCCAUAUUAUGUUGCAUUGUCAGGCGCAGGGAGUGCCAACGCCCAGCAUUGUUUGGAAGAAGGCUACAGGCAGCAAAUCCGGUGAAUAUGAGGAGGUGCGUGAACGACCAUUUACCAAACUGCUGACCAACGGCUCGCUGCUACUGCAACAUGUUAAGGAGGAUCGAGAAGGCUUUUAUCUAUGCCAAGCGAAUAAUGGCAUCGGUACUGGCAUGGGGAAAGUUAUACAGCUUAAAGUGAAUUCUUCGCCUUACUUUUCAUCCACUUCACGCUCGGUAACGGUGAAGAAAGGUGAUACAGCAAUUUUGCAAUGCUCAGUCAGCGGUGACAAGCCGAUAAAUAUCGUUUGGAUGCGUUCGGGCAAAAAUACGCUUAAUCCAUCAACAAAUUACAAAAUUUCGGUGAAACAGGAAGCUACGCCUGAUGGUGUUUCUGCUGAACUGCAAAUCCACAUGGUGGAUGCCAGCGAUAGUGGGCCAUAUUUUUGUCGUGCCAGCAAUCUCUAUGGCAAUGAUCAGCAAUUGGUGCAGCUGCAGGUACAGGAACCACCUCAACCACCAACCGUUUUGGAGGCAGCUAUGAUUUCCAGCCGUUCAGUGAAUUUGAAAUGGCAACCGAAAACAAUGAAUACGGCGGAUAUCUCGAAAUAUAUCGUUGAAUUUAAGGAAAUGGACUCGCUCUUUAUCGAGCAGUGGCAACAUGUUGAAGCCAAGGAUCCGCCCUCAUUCACUGCGUUAGUCGAAAAUCUGAAGCCAGCAACACGUUAUUCCUUUCGCGUGAUAGCCGAGGGCACUGCUGGCCGCAGUGCACCCAGUCAAGAGUUAGUGGUGCGCACCGAACCGCAGCGCCCAGCCGGACCACCGCUCAAUCUCUCAGUACGUCCAUUGUCUUCCACUGAGUUGCUCGUCAGUUGGUUGGCGCCGCUUGCCGAACUACGUCAUGGCGAUAUACAAGGCUACAAUGUUGGUUACAAAUUGGCCAGUUCGGGCAACUCUGCAUACAAUUUUACCUCAGUAUCUGGCGAUGGCGAUGGUGGCACUGGCGAACUCUUGUUAAGUGGUCUACAAAAAUUUGCACGUUACAAUGUGGUUGUACAAGCCUUCAAUCAAGUGGGACCUGGACCCCUCUCCGAACCAGUAUCGGCGCAAACAAUGGAGGAUGUACCCAGCCGACCGCCAGAGGAUAUUCGCUGCGCUGCGCUGACCUCCCAGUCGCUGCAAGUUUCCUGGCAACCGCCACCGAUAUACCACACCAACGGUCUACUACAGGGUUAUAAACUAAUUUUCGAACCCAUUCUUGAUGACUUUUCACUCAAUAAGGACGAGGUUGAAUCACGGAAGACAACCGCAUUAACCACAGUGCUGACAGGAUUACGCAAGUACACUAACUACAGCAUUCAAGUGCUAGCACACACACGCAUGGGUGACGGCGCGCUGUCCAACCCACUUUACUGUCAUACCGAGGAGGAUGCGCCCGAAGCACCGGCAGACAUGAAAGUAGUCGUUAGCUCACCACAAUCUUUAUAUGUUUCGUGGCUGCCACCUACAGAACCAAAUGGGGUCAUUACAAAAUACAACCUUUACACGCGCGUUGUAAAUGGUCGAGAGGAGUUGAACAAUGAGAAGCGUAGUCUGCCAUCACAGCAGGCGCACUAUGAGGCGAAAAAUUUGCACCCACACAUGGAAUAUCAAUAUUGGGUGACGGCUUCUACGCGUGUUGGUGAAGGCAAAAGCUCGCGUGUUGCAUCUCAAAUUACAACAAAUCGUGUGCCCGCACGCAUUGUCUCCUUCGGCGGACCGAUUGUGCGUCCAUGGCGUUCAACCGUUACGUUGCCAUGCACGGCGGUUGGCAAACCGAAACGUGAAUGGUAUAAGGCAGACUUGCCGCUGCGACAAGGUGGUCUGCACAACUCACAGUUACUUGAUUCAGGUGACUUGAUUAUAUCAAGUUUGCAGAUUUCGGAUAGCGGUAACUACAGUUGCCAGGUGGACAACGGCAUUGGCACAGAUCGUCUCACUCACGUAUUGCUAGUGCAAGUGCCACCAUCGGCGCCGGUUUUGUAUGUGACUAGUGCAACAUCGAGCAGUAUUCUAAUGCACUGGAAGUGCGGAUUCACUGGCAAUGCACCCAUCACAGGCUAUACGCUCUUCUAUCGUCGUGCUAACAGUAAUAUGGAUGAGAUGCUUUUAUCACGUCACGCAUCUAGUCACGAACUAAAGGGUUUGGUGUGUGGUAGCACUUAUCAAAUCCAUUUGACGGCUCACAAUAAGGUGGGCACUUCUCCGGCCAGCAUCACUCUGCAUGUGCGCACGCAAGGUCAGUCUCCCGGAAUGCCAUCAACUACCAGCCUGAUUGCGCCCAACUCUACUUCGGUAUUGGUGCGAUUACAUACAUGGCCGGACAAUGGUUGCCCUUUGCUUUACUUUGUGCUACAAUAUCGGCCGGUGACCGAUGAGGUAGAGCGCGAUUGGAUACUGGUAUCGAACGCCUUAAAACCGCAACGUCGUUUCACUAUUUCCGGCCUACAGCCAUCAACUCUGUAUCAGCUGCGCAUGGAGGCGCAUAAUGUGGCCGGUGUUUCUCAGGCCGAAUUCACAUUUGUCACGCUCACCAAGGAUGGAGAGCAGCCACCGCCGGAUAUUGUGCAGCGCGGUCAACGUGGCGCCAAUGUUUUCUAUGGAAAUGUGAAUCUAUUGAUACCGAGCAUUGCCACGUUGUCAGGCAUGAUUUGCACAAUUGCGCUAGUAGUCAUGUGCUAUCGACAUAAACAAGGAAAUCGUAUACAAAAGGAAUCGCUGGAGAAUCGUCAGAACUCGGAGGCAGCACAACGGGAACGGUAUUAUGCCACCAUUCACAAAGUGUCGAUGCAGAAUAAUGACAAAAUUCCUGAGACAUCCGAGGAUAUUUCACCGUAUGCCACAUUUCAAUUAUCCGAGACGGGAAACAUGUCACAGCCACAUCAUGCCGGCCCAGCUAAUACGCUUUUGCAUUCGUUCAUGUAUCACGAGCGUGCAUUGACCGAGGGUUGCUCUUCACCACCACCCGCAGCGUCUUCCAAGAAUCGCCGCCGCCAUUCGCGUAAAACCGAACCAGAGAGUGAAGAAUCCGAAUCAGAUCAGGAUCAAUUGACAUCAAGCCGCACGGAGUCAUCCAAUCAACAUGAGGGGAAAAUUAAACAUAGUAUCAUCUACCAUGGAGCACAAUCAAGCACAUCCUCAGAUCUCUCACCAAUGUCCGAGCAAAAAUCAUUGCCACGCCGCGGUCGCUCAAGGUACCAUCAUCAACAAUAUCAGUUUUCCACAAAUACAACACCGCGCCAUCAUAACAGUAGCAAAAAUAACAACAUGAACACCACAUCUGCAAAUAACUCGACAAAGAUACUAUCACCACGCGGUGUUUGUGGUAGUGCUGGUGGUGGUGGUGGUAUUGGCAGUAUGGGUGGUAGUGGUAGUGGUGGUGGUGGUGGUAAUCUAAAAUCAAUUUCAAGCACAUUCAAAUCACAAGACUCCAUACAAUGCCAUAUACCCACGCUGGUGAAGUCACCAUCUGUAACACAACAACAACAUCAGCAACAACUACAAAAACAUCAUCAACUACAAAAAACCAAUGUCACCACCAAUGCAACCACAAAUAGUUUAAAUAGUACUAACAGUAGUAGUUGUAGUAGUAGCAUCACCACCUCCAAUAAAAACAAACUAUCACAGCAACAACCCAUAUUGAUAACCCCAAAAAUAGCACAUCAUCCACAACAUCACAAUUUGAUCAGCGCUUCACACCCCACACAUCAACUUAAUCAACCUGAUUCAACCACAGACCUUCUAGACAGUAGUUGUAACAAUCCCAUUGCAUCUGUAGGUCCCGUUACUUGCAUGCCAUCAUCACAAUUCCGACCCAUACCCCAUAAAACGGUACCCGCUUCGGUGGCAAAUGCCAAUGUGAGCGGCGAAAGUGGUGGUACCAUACUUAAUCCAUCUACCGCACCCUUGUCGUCGAAAUUCUUUUCAGCCACAACACUACCUAAAUAGGAUACGGCCAACGGGGGUAGUCUGGAUCUCGACGGGGGGAGCCUUAUGAGCAGUCUGGGCUAUGAUAGUGAAAUAUCGUGCACCUAUAUGGACCCUAUAGAUCAAACAUGAGAUUAGUGGAUGGAGGGAUUGGAGGGAGGUGAACUAAAAGUGGAAUUUUAUUAAACGGAAUGUAGAUGUCUUUCAAAUAUGGUAGAUAUGACGUAGAUAGAUAUUAUUUUGGUGUGCGUGGUGGGGUAUCCCUUGAAGUUGAAAAAAUAUGCAUAUUUUAAGUGAAAAGGCGUUGGUAUUUUUGUAUUUGUUAUUUUUUAUAUAUAUAUUAUAUUAUUUUUUAGGUAUAAUACAUAUAUCUACAUAUAUUGUGUGUGAUUGAGUAUACAGGGUCAUCGCGUUAAGGCCGAAAAACAUUUUGAGAAGGCUGGAGCAGUGUCAUUAGGCCUAAAACAGCUGAUGAAGGGACACAUUUUGAGUCUAUUGCUUCCUGAUUGACAGUAAAUAUAA